UUUUAGCCGUGUGUUUAUCCUAUGUAAUUUGCGGCCAUUUUUUAUAUAAUUUUACCUUGAGGGUUUCUUAUUCACUCUGUUGCCAACGUUACCGAGUGAAGGUAUACGCGUGACUAGCUUGCAUUAGUAUUUGUGAAAGCAAAUGGAGCUUAUAUUUAUGAUAGUGGCCGUCCAAACCGUUGUUAUGACCUUUUUAACCAAAGGACUGUAUUCGAUAUCAUCAGGAAUAAUUUGCGUGGACAGGUAGUGUUGUUUUAAUGCAGAUUCUACCCCCAUGGGUUUGACUAUCCUUGAGGCUAUGACAUGUUCGUUAUUGGAGACGUGUUUUGACGGUACCGGUAUAACGCUGCACUCAGCUUGCGCAUAACCAAACCUUCAUAUGAGUUAAUCAAUUUAGAGAUCAUUUAAAGUAAUACUAACAGUCUACCCAUGUGCGAGUGCCUGUGUCUUGCUCUUUUUGAUGUCAUCAUAGCUGAAUUAAUAGAGUGAAAUAUUUUUUGCUUUGGAUUCCAUCACCAUGGUGCAGCAGAAUGAGGCAUUUUAGAUUAGUUGAUGUUGACAAGCUGCCAGAUCUAACACUCCAGAGCACCCAUCAAUAACCGAACCGUGCGCAUGUUACGUUUUCUUGACGGCUAAAUUUGUAGCCCGCGGCACGUGGUUAACAUAUAGUGAAGUGUGAGAUGUGGUGAGAUGUGCAUGAAUUGGGAGUACUGCCGAUCGGUAUCUUCAGCUAUUUUCUUGGGGAGUCUUCUUCUUGCAGCGAGAGACAGAAAGGAAACAGUGGAAGGAAGAAUGAGCAGAGAGGAGAGCUAACUGUAAGCUGCUUGACUGUAAUUGCAAGGUUGUUUUGACUGAAAUUUAUUUACUCGAUGGAUCCAGCAACACGAAGCGAAGGCUUUCAUUACGGUCAACAGAAGUCAACCGUGAGACGAGAGCUCAGACAAAUCAUUGAAGAUUUGGACAAACAAGAUCGAGCAUUACUGAGGGUUUCUACAGAGCUUCUGGACACCAUAGCAGCAUUAAAAGAGGUGCAUGAAUUACCUGAUGUGAAGCAAGAUCAAAUAAGACUGAUGCAAGAAACACCGGGGACCGCUGGGAAUGGUCCGAGCCAAGCAGGCAACGUGACCGGAGACUUACCCGUAGCUACGGCAUGGAUGUGUACGUUAGAGAAGGGCAACUAAAAGGGCAAUGUGAUGUAGGCCUGGAUCGAGCAAUAUUAGUCUCUGCACCAGUGGCGUUAACUAAAGGGCACAAAUAAAUUCAAUUAGUUGGGUUUAUUUUAGAU